ACCAGGGGCGUGGCUUCGUUGUAGCGCCUCAUCACGCUACCUAAAAAAAAGUUUGAAGCGGAACCUGCAGUCCUCGUCUUUCAUUUGCUUGCAUUUUGGAGCACUUUUAAGGGACUUUACUCGUGUUUUCGGGUCACAUGAAGGAACAAGUGGUGUGAAGGUUCAGAAUAAACAGCAUACAAAGAAAGACUGCAUCGUUACAUGCUGGUGGGGAAUCAGGAAAGGUGCGUUUUUAAGGCCUUAAAGCAGGUUUGGUGAUGGAGUGGAGAGAGCAGACUGCAGUCGGAUGCGAGGUGGCGUUCAACGAAGCACAGAGAUGGAUGGAGGAAGUGACUAUGAAGAGGUUUGGGAGCAGUAACUUUAGGUCUGCGCUGGAGAAUGGAGUCCUGUUGUGCGACCUGAUCAACAAACUCAAGCCCGGGAUCAUCAAGAGAGUGAACAGACUCCCCACCCCCAUCGCCGGAUUAGACAAUGUGAACGUGUUUCUGAAGGCUUGUGGUAAACUCGGCCUGAAGGAUGCUCAGCUCUUCCACCCCGGAGACCUGCAGGACGUGUCUACACGAGUGACCGUCAGACACCAGGAGACGUCCAGGAGACUGAAAAACGUUCUGAUCACGAUAUACUGGCUGGGAAGGAGGGCUCAUGCAGACCCAUCCUACAACGGGCCGCAGCUCAACUUUAAAGCUUUCGAAGGUCUUCUGGGAAUCGCCUUAUCCAAAGCUCUGGAGGAGGCGAGCUCCAAGCCCGGCGCCAGAGACAGUGGCUUUGCAGAGACGUGGUACCCUGACAGGGAAGUGCUCAGCUACAGGAGGGAGGAUUCAGUGGAUAGCCUGGACUCGGUGGGGUCUCAUACACGGAGCGUGGCAUCAUAUACAUUUAUAGCAGGCAGUGAAGGGUUCGGAAGCGACGCAGAGGCAGAGCACUGCUUCAGGAUGACCGAACCUCUGUCUGCUCCCAGGAGGGAUAGACGAAACAUCCCGGCGGUGCUGAGAAGGAAAAGAGUCGAGCAGCGUGAGGAAAGUGAAAGAGGUCACGUCAGCCCUCUCCACAGACUUCCCACAGGACGGUCUGCGUGUACCGGGAGCAAGUCCAUGAGUGACCUCAGCCUGGAGCCGGGAGCUGAAGAUCCGAUGAGUCGGCACAGUAAAGCUGCGUUAAAGGUUUCCUUGCGUCAGGAGCAGAUCCGUCAGUAUCAGUCCAGGCUGAGGGAGAGCGAGGCCAAGUGGCAGGAGGACCUGAACAGUUGGAAGACUCGAAGGCGAAGCGUGACCUCUGACCUGCAAAGGAAGAAAGAGGAGCGAGAGCAACUCGAGGAGCAGAGGCGGAGCCUUCUGAGGGAGGAGUCUUGUGUGUCCUCCACAGCUACAGCCGAGGCCUUCGCUCCUCCUCCGCUGACCUCCAGCUCCGGCACCAUGCCGGGUCCAGUAAUCUCACCCAGUUCUGCGCCUGAACACACAGGCCGUUCUCACGGUAACGGUCCAGUCGAAGCGACUCCUCACUCGCCACUGGUACCGAACGCGGUGUCUGAUCACGUGCCGAGCGCCUCUGGGACAGACUCCGCUCCUGCGCCGGUCCAGCGUGCCAAGUCUGUCGAGGGAGUGUUCUCAGGGACUCCUCAAAUGUCCUCAGUGCUGCCCAGAGGUUUCCGCAGGUCAGAGGGCACAUCACGGCUCUCCACAGGAGUCACGCCGAGACCGUUCGGCUCCAAGAAGUCCAGGAUGUCCAGUCAAGCCAGAUUCUACUCUAUGGACGAGACUGAUAACAGCGCACAAGAUCUCGCUGCCUAUUUCCCCCUCAGAGGAACCGAUACGACUCCCGAUCACAAAGACGACGCCCGCUCGAGUAAACAUGAAGCCGCGUUGUGGAAAAAGAAGGAAGAGAAGGGAAAGAGGACGGAGUCUGCUCCUAGUGUUCGCUCCUUCAUGUCUGCCAGCGUCCUGGUGUCUGACACAGCCGCGUCUGCGAGCGGCGAGGACGAGACACAUCACCAUGACAUCCGAGUCAGUCUGAAUCAGACGCCCGACUGCGGCGCGGACUUCGGUUUUCAGACUCACUGGGACUCGACGGGCGCUCUCAUCACAUCCGUCCGAGCAGGCAGCCCGGCUCAGCUGUGCCACCUGCAGGCAGGAGAUGAGAUCGUGGCUUUGGCUGGACAGCGAGUGGCUGAAAUGAGUUACGAACAGUGGAAGGCCAACAUGGACGCCGCGUUGCGAGAGGGCAAACUGCUGAUGGACAUCAGACGCAUCAGUCUCAACGGUCAUUCAGAUGCUCAAAGCUCCGUCGGUUCCUCCGUCAGCAGCUGCAGCCUGCGCGAGGAGAGCGAGAGUAAAGCACAGGUCAACGGCCUUCCUGUUAACGGUUUUCCGUCGAAAGCAACGAGAACGAGCUCGCGUGACGAUUCAGUUCCAACAAAAAACAAAGGUUCCUCUGCGUUCACAGUGGACUCCUCGGUCUACCUUUGUGGAGGCUCAGAGUCGGCCAUAUCAGAUUUGCAGGUUCCGUCGAUCGGUGCGUCGUCCUCAUGCUGGUCCUGGAACGCGGAGGAGGAAAGGAUGAGACAGGAGAAGUGGCAGAUGGAGCAGGAGAAUCUCCUACAGGAGAAGUACAGGCGCGAUCAAGAGAGACUAGUAGAAGCAUGGAGACGAGAUCAGCAGGAAGCAGCAUUAGAAGAAAAUAGCAUCCCUGAAGUUCCUCAACCGCUCGAGAAACAGGAAGUGCCCUCUUUACCCACUGGAAGCAUCGCACAUUACACUCCACCUCCUUUCGUCCAGCGAUCGAAGUCUCCGUCCUCUGUAGCACCUGAUCAAGCUCGAGAUGCGACGCUCAUCCACAGCAAACAGGUCCAGAUAGCAGCAGCGGGUCACCCGGCCGAGGACGAGUCCGAUUCCUCCUCCAGGACGAGUCACUGGCCGAUCGAGUCUUGUGAGUUUACCAAGCUGACUGCUUCAGACAGGAAAAAGUCUAAAUCCACUCCGUCACUCGAAGGCAGCCACAGGCAAGACACCAGAGCGGGCGUUAAGGAGAAAAAGGGGCGUCCGUCUCCGGCCGAGCAGGAGCGCCUACAGAUCCUGGAGGAAAUGAGGAAGAAGACUCCGGUCCUCACAGACAGCAGCUGGAUCCGUCAGCGCAGCACCUGCACCAUCCACAAGGAGCCCAUCAGCGUGGCACCACUGAGGAGACACGAGUCUCUGGACAACAUCCGCGGCGGCAGCAGAGUCCCCUUGUCUAAGCAGUCCUCUGUCUCGUCUCAGACUCUCUCGGGCCUGAAAGCUUAUCGAAGUUACUCGGGCCGCUGUAGCCUGGGCCCCGGGGCCGCCAUUUUCACCAGUGCUUUAAGGCAGAGCUCCUGGUCCCGGCCUAGCUCCAUGUCUCCUGCGUGUGACGCUGAGGAGGCGUGUAACGGUGCACAGCAGCAGCCAGACAGGCUGGCGAGUCCGCGGCGUCUGUGCUCCCGCUGUGAGCAGCUGCUGGUCAAGGGGCCCGCCAUGGUCAUCGAGUCUCUGGACCUCUGCUUUCAUGUUGGGUGCUUUAAGUGUGUCAGCUGCAGGACUGACCUCAGGACAUGUCCAGAGUCUAGAGCUCAUGUGCGAGUCAGACACAGACAGCUCUUCUGCGACACCUGUUACAACAGACUCCGAGGCGUUCCCAAGUGACCCCGGCGUAUCGCAGCAGAUCGAGGAGAAGCCUCUGUGUGAAGACGAAUCAGACACAACCACAAGCUCUGCGUAAUUUCACACGAGGACGUCCCAAUUUAUUGAAUGAAUGAAUGUUGAUGCUCUUAAUGAUGUAUGUUUCUGAAUUUUUUUUUUUCCCUUCCAAAUUUUUUUUAAUUUCGCCCUUUAAUAAAGUUAGAUUUCCGAUCGAAUCAAACACAGGAACAAUUAAAGCUUCGGUCCUUAUCCCGCUUGUCUGGUCUGCGUAGCGCUAACUUUUUAUUAUUAUUAUUUUUUUUUUCGCUCUUUUAAAAUUGGACCACUUUCUUUGUAUCGUGACUUCUCAUUACAGCUUGCUAGCUAGCUUUUUUUUUUGCACAGGUGUUUUUCUCACACAUUUAAUAUCUGAUAUAAAAUCAUGUGUAUAUUCCGUACAUAUAUUUAAGCACGUCUUCACUGUCUCUCUCUCUUUUUUUGAAAGCAAGUCUGUUUUUAAUGAGAGCACAACCAUAUUUCCUAUUGUUUGUAAAUAAAAAGAUCUUUAAAAACUAUAAAA